AUGGACCGAUUGGCGAAUCAAGGUCAGAGCGAGGGCGCGGGCGCGGGCGUAGGAGAUCUUGCAAAGGAUAUGCAAGAUGCAUCAGCAUCACCAUCGCCUGCAGCCACCAGUGCCCCUGGCGGUGGGAAUACAGGAAAAUCAGGCAACGGAGACAUGGGCGACUCUAACUCAGGCGACUCCGACUCAGGUAGUGAUGCCGUUCAGUUUGACGCGCAACUUUUCAAGGACAGUCCAGUAUUUAUAGUCGCCGACGAUCAGCAGUCGAGACAGAUCGGAUUCGAAGCCGAUCCCAAAGCUGACCUCGAAAAGGUGGCAUGGCAGGUUGUCGUUGAUACCCAAGUUGAGACGCUAGGUUCCAGUAACUUCAAAUCUUCAAAGAGAGCUUACAAUCAAUUCCUUGAUGUUACAAAUAAUAUGGUAUUGCUCAACUUCGUGGGUAACACUGCGAAGUUCUAUAACAAUACCAUGUAUGUUCAGAUUGAUUGGAGUAGGGACGGAUCAAAGGGCUGGACCAAGACACAACUCUUUACUGUUACCAACAGCACCGGCGCAUCUGCAAUUAAAAAACUUACAAGUGAUCUCAAAGAAGAACAGAGAGGACAAGGACCUGCGGAAGUAACCUCGUCAUCAGAUGCAUUGUCGACCUCUGGGAGCACCAAAGCCACCGAAACUAUUGAGCCUAGUGAUAACGAAAGUUCUAAUAGCAGUGGCGGUGGCGGACUCUCAACUGGCGCAACUGCUGGUAUUGCAGUUGGUGCUGUCAUUGGUGGUCUUCUUCUCAUCGGUGCACUGGUAUGGUUCCUCCUUCGUCGACGUCGCCGUAACAAGCAGCCCAACGAAGAGUACACCAUACAGCAAACCUACGCUGUGGACAAGGAGAUUAGCGGCCGUGCCAGUGAUUCACCCAACUCGCCUUACUCAGAUGAGAAUCACAUGCAGCCUAUCGCCCUCGGAAACGUCGACCGUGAUCGUGGUGCCGCCCCUACCCCCCCACCAGGCCGUUCAUCUGUAGCGUCACACGACCGUGGAGCCAAUAGUGGUGUUCAGACGCCUCAAGGCAUGUCUUCCAAUGUCGCUCAUCUUGUUGAAGAUGGCAUGACGGCCGAUGAGAUCCGAAGACUAGAAGAGGAGGAACGACAAUUGGACGACGAGAUUGAACGUGCAGGGAGACGAUAG